GUCAACUGUGUGAAAUCAAAAUUCAAAAUAUUUUUAUAAUUUAGUCCAUGUAAAUAAAAAUAGUGUAUUUGGAAUGAAAAUAAUUUCUAAAACUAUGUUAUUUACUUGCCCGGCUAAAACAAUAUUUAGAAAUUAUGUCGAGCGCUAAGCUAGAUGUGAUUUGGUCGCCUGUUCAUCAAGACAAGUUCAUCGUCUGGGGUCAAGACAUAACCCUAUACGAGGUUUCUCGUCUUCAAGAUAUAGAAAAAAAGACUACAUUUACUCAACUGUCAUCAACCCGAGGUGCAGUAGUGAUAGCAUCGCAAAGUGCUAGUGGAGUGCGAUGUGUGGACAUAAGUGCUAUAGCUGACCACCCAGACCCCUUGCUUGCACUGGGCCAUGUUAGCGGCAAAGUCACACUGACUAGUCUGAAACAGACUUAUGACCCUCUUGGACUAGUUGGACGGGAAUUUGUUGCCCGGUACCCUCGUGCUUGCAACUCAGUGGCAUGGAAUCGCACUGAAAGCAAUCUACUGGCUGUGGGGCUGGAGAAGCAUCGCAGCGAUUCCUGUAUACAACUGUGGGAUGUGCAGACAUGCAGUACUGAUGAGUUUUCAGAUGGUACGUCGCCCUCCGCUGCGGAACCGCCGCGGCCAGUGGCGGAGGCGGCGGUGGGCGAGUCAGCGCACACGGUGUCGUGGUGUAGCUUCGCGCCAUGCACCCUGGUUGCUUCCAUGAACCAAAAGCACCUAAAAAUAUUUGACCUGAGAGAGGGCGGCGCGCGCGCGGCGGGCGUGGCGAGCGCGCGGCAGUGGCUGGGCGCGUGCGCGGCGCCGCGCGGCUGGCUGCUGGCGGCGCGCGGCGACGGCGGCGUGGCGCUGUGGGACGCGCGCGCGCUGGCCGCGCCGCUGCUGGCGCUGCCGCUGCCGCGCCCGCCGCGCAAGAUCCAGUGGAGCCCCACCAGAGCCAGCCUGCUGGUGUCGCUGCAGCGGGACUCGGGCUCGCUGCGCCUGCACGACAUCCAGCACAGCGACUGCGCGGCGUCGUCCCCGGCGGCGCCGGAGGAGGCGGAGCCCGCGGAGGGCUCGGCGCUGGAGCGCGACGUGGUCGUGAGCGAGGCGCCGCUGGCCGCCUUCGCCUGCCACCCCGCGCAGCCAGCGCGCCUGCUGGCGCUCGCGCUGACAGGCGCGCUGUCGGAGUACACGGUGGGCGAGCGCGCGCCGCUGGCGUGGGGCGCGGCGGGCGCGCUGGCGUGGGCGGGCGCGGGCGCGCUGCGGCGCACGCACGCGUCCCUGUACGCGCACGUGCCCGACGUGUCGCACGUGGCCCGCGCGCGCGCCGCCAACCACUACGGCCUCAAGCCUGACCUAUGGCAGAACGCUGACCUCGCCGACGACGAGGCACUGAGAGGACUGUGGCAUUUCUUGGCUCUCAGCAAAUCGCUUGUCGAGGACGGCUGUAUCCGGAACAGUCCCUGGAAGCACCCGGGCGUGAUGAGCGUGUUGCGCUCCCCCGGGGAGGGGUACCGCUCCGAGGUGGUGUCUGCGAUCCUGCCCGACCUGCCCAACCGGAAGGUUACGAUUUACAGGAGCGCGGAGCGCACGCGCGCGCUGCAGCUGUGCGGGUGGGGCUGGGGCUGGGAGAACGCCGGCGCGGGCGUGGAGCGCGCCGAGGCCGCGGGCACGCCGUGCCGCGCCGCCGCGCUGGCCGCCUUCCACCUGCGCCUGCGCGCCGCGCUCGACGUGCUGGCGCGCGCGCAGGAGCCGCGCCUGCGCGUGGCGGCGCUGGCGCUGGCGCCGGGCGACGAGCGGCUGUGGCGCGAGGCGCUGGCCGCCGCCGCGCCCGCGCUGCCCGACCCCUACCUGCGCGCGCUGCUGCACUUCCUGGCCGCCGCGCACGCGCCCGCCGCCGACGCGCCGCCGGACUACGCCGCCGUGCUGGCCGAGACGGAGAUGCGGCUGGAGGACCGCGUGGCCUUCGCGUGCAUCCACCUGCCCGACGGGCGGCUGCACGAGUUCGUGGCGCGCACGCGCGACGGGCUGCGCGCGCGCGGCUCGCUGGGCGCGCUGCUGCUCACGGGCGUGAGCGCGGACGGGCUGGGCGCGCUGCAGCGCUGGCUGGACGCGUCGGGCGACGUGCAGUCCGCCGCGCUGCUGGCCGCGCGCUGCUGCCCGCCCGAGCUGCUGCGCGACGCGCGCGUGCGCGGCUGGCUGGCCGCCUACCGCGCGCUGCUGGACGCCUGGCGCCUGUGGUGGCCGCGCUGCCUGCUGGACGCCUGGCUGGCGGCGGCGGGCGCGGGCGCGGCGCGCGCGGGCGCCGGCGUGGCCUGCACCUACUGCGGCAAGCCCGUGGCGGCCGCGGCCACGGCGCGCCCGCGCCCCGCCUUCGCGCGCCUGCCGCCGCCCGCCGCCAAGAUGAAGCAAAUCUCGUCGUGCCCGAACUGCCGCAAGCCGCUGCCGCGCUGCGGCGUGUGCUCGCUGCACCUGGGCACGAGCGCGGGGGGCGUGGCCGCGCUGCCCGGCGCGCCGCCCCCCGCGCCCCCCGCGGCCGCCGCGCCCGCCAACGCGUUCGGCGGCUGGUUCAGCUGGUGCGUGGCGUGCCGGCACGGCGGCCACGCGCAGCAUCUGCUGCAGUGGUUCAGCGAGCACUCGGAGUGCCCGGUGAGCUCGUGUUCGUGCCGGUGCUCGGCGCUGGACCCGCCCGACCCCGCGCCGCCGCGCGACCCCGCCUAGCGAGCCGCACCAACAGACACUUCCUCGAUUCAAAUUGACUUGAUGCAUUACAUUUUAUUCCGCUGUUGAGACUUGAAGCUGAUAUUUAAAACUAGUAUAACGGAAAGGACUCAACUCUCAAAAUUUAAAAGAAUAUUGGAUUCAACGUUAGUAAAAACCUUGCCUCGCUCAAAAUAUCCUACACUUUAAUUACUAAAAUAGUAAACUUGUAUGUUCAUUAUUUCAUUUUCGAGUACCCAGCGUGCUAGAAUGGUCAGAUAAGUGUUCUUACUAAACUAUUCUGUUUUGUCCCUUCUGGAUUAUCUCUCGAUUCUUUCGUUCCUAAUAAGUGCUAUUAGUUUUAUUACAAUUAAAAAAAAACCAAAGUUGCAUGUCAAGAUCAGUUUGCUAGGAAUGACAACAGUUUUGUUAAUUAUUAAAGGAACAUUCGUUUUGUAUUGUUUAUGGAAAGAUGUGAGAAGAUUGUCAAUAAUAAUAAAUAUUAAAGAAAUGUUUCUUCACUACCGCGC